AUGGGUCAGAAAUUCGGCGCUGAAACUCAACUUUUCACUUGUUGCCCUUUCAAAAAAAGAAUUGAAGCGCCUGGGGUUUGUGCCUGCCUCACCGCCAAUCUUCAUCUUGAAUGGUCCACGCCGCGGAUAGGUGCAUUUAGAACCAUAAUAGAACGUCUCACAACAAUCAUCACAGAAAAGAGUAUUCCUCAAGAAGCCAGAAAAAGAAAAGUAAAGGAAGAAGGAAUUCGAAUAGUCACACGUGACCUGGACAGACCCUUCAUCAUUUCCUCUCGAAACUUUCCAUUGCUAGAGCUUUUCUGCAAGACGAGAAAGACUGCCACAAAUGAAUUAUCGAUCAUCCUCGACCUCGAGGGCCAAUCCUACAGAUAA